AUGACUUCUCGACUUACUGGGUCUAAGAAUCCUCGCUACAAGCCAUGUGAUUGCCUACUUAGAGUCGGUAUUCCAUGUAAGAUCUGGGGAGAGGAUGUUCUUUUCUACCAUGGCGUGCCUACCCUUGUGUUUGAUCUCUUCAUUCUCGUCUCCGACCCAGAGGCUUCUAGACAAUUGGUCAGCCACGGUUAUAUUCGUACAACACCGAAUAAGCGUUUCAUAAAAAUUCCAGAGCUCAGCAGCCAGGCUCCCCGCUUAGUAUUAGCAGAGAAGAUCAUGGAGAUUCCCUCAAUGACUUCAGAUGCUACUGGUUUAUUACAGGCCGAUGAUACUGUUCUACCUGGCGUGGUUCUACUUUCGGCUACGGAAUGGAACUAUUCUCUUCCACAUUCUCUCGCUGAUCUUCAGGAGCUUAUUCCAUCACUUCAUGAAUACUUUGAUAGUAUUGUAGAGAAGUGGAUGGAUUUAACAGCAAACAUGCAUAGUUUACGGCGCUACCUUGCAAUUCACAUUCACUAUCAUUCAGUUUAUCUUGACGAAUUCUGGACAAAAGAGUUCGAGAAUGAAAUACGUUUAGAGCAUCGGCAGCUCCUAUUUGAUAUCAUGGCGGAUGGAGCUGGCGGCAACGUGGAUUUACUCGAUAGAGAAUGCCAGAUCUAUCACCAAAGCAUCAGGAAUCAGAUAUUGGAAAAAAAAGUUUGA